GAUGGAUCAAGAAUUUUUCGACAAUAUUAUUUAUUUAAAAGAUUUAAAGGCAACGCAAGAUAUCGUACAUGAAUACACGUUGAAAGAUCAAAAGAGUCCAUUAGUCAUCGAUAAUGGAUCAUUUCAAUGUCGUGUUGGCUUUGCAAAUCGAAAAACUCCUCAAUUAAUCUUUAAAAAUUUAAUUUGCAAGCCUCGAAAAGACAGAAACAAGAAGGACACAAAGGAGGAAAUUGCACAGCAAGCACCACCAGCAACAUUGAUUGGCAAUGAUAUUGUUAAUAUUGAAGCCUUGCGGUUCCAGUUAAGGACACAAUUUGAUCGAAAUGUAGUCACGCAUUUCUAUAUUCAGGAACAGAUUUUUGACUACAUGUUUACACAUUUGGGGAUUAAUACUGAAGGAUCUGUUAAUCAUCCAAUCGUUAUGACUGAAGCUAUGGUCAAUCCGAACUAUUGUCGCUCAUUGAUGUCUGAACUGCUCUUUGAAUGUUAUCAAAUUCCAUCUGUAUUUUAUGGAAUAGACUCAUUAUUCAGUUUCAAUUAUAAUGACAAUAUUAAAGGAACUGGAUUAAUUAUUUCUCUUGGAUAUCACACAACUCACGUAAUCCCAUUUAUGAAUGGACAGCAUAUUAUCGAUAAAAUCCGUAGAGUCAAUGUUGGUGGAUUUCAUAUGAUGACUUACAUGCAUCGACUAAUGCAGUUAAAAUAUUCAAUGCAUGUAAACAACAUUACUUUAAGUCGGAUUGAAGAACUCUUUCAUGGACACAGCAGAAUUUCUUAUGAUUACUUUGAGGAUCUAAAAAAAUGGUCGUCACAUGAAUACUAUGAUAAUCAUAUCAAGAAAGUACAGUUGCCAUAUUCUCAAAGUGCUGCAACUACUCAAUUAACGGCUGAACAGAAAAUUGAGAAAAAGAAGGAAAUGUCAAGAAGACUUGCUGAAAUUAAUGCAAGAAAAAGGGAAGAACGUUUGGCUGAAGAAGAAGAUCAGUUGCAGAAACUGGAGGAGGUUUUGGAAUCAUUUGACGACGAAGACACAGAAGACUUUGAAAUGGGAUUAAAAGAGCUCAAUCUGAGUACAUAUGAAGAGCUAGAGAAGACAAUAGCAGCAACAAGAGCAAGAAUUGAUAAAAUAAAGUUGAAAAUGCAAGCAGUUGAAACUGGAGUAACAACUGAAGAAAAGCCAGUUAUAAUCCCAAUGCCACCGCAGGGUAUCAAUUUAGAGGACUGGUUGAGUGAAGUUCGUGAGAAGAAAAGUGCUAUUUUAGAGAAGAAACAAGUCAGACGACAAAGACGUUCAGAUCUAGCAAAAAGAAGAACAGCAGCAGCACAAGAAAGAAUGCGAAUCAUCUCGAAAUUAGCUGGAAAAGAGAAAGGAACUGAUGAUUUUGGUUCAAGAGAUGAAGAUUGGGAUGUUUAUAAGGCAAUCAGCCGUGAACAAGACAGUGACAGCGAAGUUGAGAAUGAAAAGUUGAUGGAAAUAGAUGAAAUACUGCGACAUCACGAUCCAAUGCUUGAAGAUGAAGAGAAAUUGAAAAUGACACCAGCUGAAUAUCAUCAACUGCACUUCUCAGUUGAAGCUAUUCGAGCUCCUGAAUUGCUGUUCCAACCAAGCAUGAUGGGUAUUUGUGAAGCUGGACUUGCUGAAACAAUCGAUUAUGUCUUAAAACUGUUUACAGCAACAGAACAACAGCAACUUGUUGAUAACAUUUUUCUAACAGGUGGAAUAGCCAAGCUACCAGGCUUGAAGGAAAGAUUAUGGAGAGAAUUGAUGGAAAUAAGACCAUUUAAAAGUACAUACAAUGUAAAGAUUGCAAAAGAGGGCUCAUUUGAUGCUUGGAAUGGUGCAAGGAAAUUUACAAUAAGUGGAAACAAUUUGAAUGCUCAUUCGAUUACAAAAGAAGAAUACUAUGAAUUGGGUGGAGAGUACAUCAAGGAAAAUUGCUUCAGUAAUUUUUAUUAUAAAACGCCGGCUGAAAAAAUUGACACAACAGUUGUAACUUAGGCUUACUGUGUGUGACUGCACUUGAAUGCUUUUAUUGAAGAAAUUUAAUUAAUUAUUUGAAAUGUCGAGUAGCUUUUUGUAUGUGGAGCAGCUUCCCUUUGUCCUUACAGAUGUGUUAGAUUUCGGCCAAUGGAUAUGAUUUCAACAAACAAUUUUAUUAUCCUGUUCAUAGUUUCGCAGAAUUUGCAUUAAAAACAAAUAAGAGAUUUCAAAAGCUCAUCAGAUUAUAUUUCCAUAAAACAUGCUUAUCGCUUAAAAAUAUUUAGUAAUGCUUAUAAAAAAUAUUUUAUUUUUUUGCAAGUAGCAUUCAAGGUAAUAAGGCUACGGAAGGUGCGGUGAUUUGAUAGAUAAGAUCACUCAACAUUCAUGAAUGUUAAUUUUUCUGGCUAUUUGAGUAGAUUGAUGAAAAAUUGAAUAUGAAUGAGAAAGAUUUAUUGUGCUUUAUCGAUUAUCCCUUUUGAUAUGAGCCUGAUAUGUCCGAUUAAGA